AUGUCACAGAUUGAAUUCCGUCGUCAAAUACACAUCCAAUCGGAGCAAAAACGACGCGCUGAGAUCAAGGACGGGUUCGAAGAGCUUCGCAGGCAACUUCCAACAACUUAUACUGGUCGAAAGUUGAGCAAGGCUGUCUUAUUACAGAAAGCUGUUUCACAUAUGAAAAAUAUGCAAAGGAAGGAAUCUUUUCUUCUUGAUGAAAUCAACCGUUUAACUCAAACGUGUGUAUAUUUGAAUGCGGAGUUAGAGAAAGAGAAAAGGAUGAGUACACUUUAUCGACAAAAACAAACUCUUGACAAAAUAUACGCAAUCGGACUAUGA